AUGUCGUGUAUUAAUGUGAUCUCUAGAAAUUUUUCAACGUCCGUCGUUGCCCGCGCGGCAAUCAAAAAUGUUACCGUGGUCGGUGGUGGACUGAUGGGUUCAGGGAUUGCACAAGUGUCCGCCCAGAGUGGACACAACGUAACCAUCGUAGAACUCAACCAAAGCGUCUUGGACAAAACGUACAAGAGCAUCGAGAAUAGUUUGCAACGGAUCGCCAAAAAGACAUUCAAGGAAAAUCCCAACGAUGCCAAUGCUUUCGUAUCCGAAGCACUUUCGAGGAUCAGCACAUCGACCGAUCUGCCCAAUGUCGUUCAGGAUUCCGAUCUGGUGUUGGAAGCUAUUGUCGAAAACCUGUCGGUUAAACAUAAGCUAUUCAAAUCUAUCGACGAAGUCGCUCCAAAGAAGACUAUAUUUGCUUCUAACACAUCGUCACUGUNUUCAACCCCGUACCAGUGAUGAAACUACUGGAAGUCAUCAAGACCCCAGAAACUUCUGAUGAAACGUACCAAAAACUUAUGGCCUGGGGAAAAGCCAUCGGCAAAACUACUAUAACUUGUAAAGACACCCCCGGAUUCGUAGUCAACCGACUCCUUUUGCCGUUGAUGGCUGAAGCAAUCAGGAUGUUAGAAAGAGGCGAUGCUUCUCCUAGGGAUAUCGAUAUAGCCAUGAAAUUGGGUGCUGGACAUCCCAUGGGACCAAUUGAAUUGGCAGAUUAUGUUGGACAUGAUACUAACAAUUCUAUUAUAAACGGAUGGCAUGACAAAUUCCCAGAGAAUCCGUUGUUUGAACCAUUGAAGUCUUUACAGAAAUUGGUAGACGAGAAAAAAUUGGGAAUCAAGACUGGUGAAGGUUACUACAGUUACAAGAAAUAA